AUGAAAGAGUAUGGUGGGGGAGGUAGAUUAGCAAUGCAGACACCAAAGAAAGAGCGUGAUUUGGCAGGUACUGCAGCUUUUGAGGUUGCUCUUCAGUACAUCAUUGUUCGACAAGAUCGAUCUUAUCAUUUUCUUCAGCUUGUUGCUGCACUUAGUUCUUUGGUUUUUGCGGCGGAAAUCUGCCUCAUCUUUCUGUUUAAUAUUUUGCUGCCACUUUUCUCAAUUGAAGGAAAAGGCUGUUUUCGUUUUCUCGAAGAAUACGCUUAUUUUCCAGCGGUACUUUUAUCUGCAGCUUGUUUGGUACUGGUGCGUCUUUGUAAACAACGGUAUGCAAUAGAGCCAGGGGAGCAGUGCAUGCAGCGUCUCAACAAUACCAUUAUGGGACCUUGCCUGGGUAUGCAUUUUGAUUGUGCAACAGGUAAAUUAAGAUCAGAUGAUGUGUGGAAUGCCAAUAUUGAUCGUUUAGGCCAUACGGAUUAUGCCAGUCAGGCUUAA